AACACGACUGUUGUGGAAGGAUUCUGUUCUGCGAAACUCCAUUUUGCAAAAACAAGACCUUCAUUUAUGGCGUACUACGCUACUUUUGCGUGUCGAUAGCAAAAUAAUCCAGUAAAUAAUCAUCGUGGCAGUCCUUCAGAGUUCAGCGAAGCCGUAGUGAAACAAAGAAUAAAGCAAAACAAUCGUGAGACAGGUGUCUGGGGAAAGAGGCGUCGGUGAUUGCGCCUUUUAAGGCGUUAUUCUUCCUCCAGCAAUCCUGUGCAUUAAAUCCAUCGUAUAAAACUACCUCGCAGUGAAAAAUUUCAAGUCUUUGGCCCAGUAACGGGAAACGAGUGGUACGAAGCAGAAAAGGCAACAGCCCUGUGUAAAACCUCUCCAAAGUGCAAAAGGUAGCCCGUGAAAUUUAUUCACUCGCCAACUGUGACAACGCAUUUCCAGUGUAAGAAAAAGAAAACAACAACCAGCCGUAAACAAGUGGCGGUGUGCGAAGAAGCGAAGGAAAACGGCGAGGGUGAGGUGAAAAAAUAACCCAAACAAAACAAACUGCACUGCGACGACGCACGUCCUUUCGCAGCGCGGUCCUGAAGGCGUGUGUGCGUGUUUUGAGUGUUUGCACGGGCAAUAAUAGUAGUAACAGUAGUGUCGUAGUAGCGGCCGGCCGUAGUAACGGUGCAGUGUACAGUUAUCCCGAGUAGGCGCCGGAGACGCGAGAAGGAUUCUUUUGUCCGCAGCUGGCGUCGGUCGCCACCAUUGUUGCACAACAUUACCACGAUGGCCGGUGUUUUCGACCUGGAGCUGCCCGAGGGGGAUAACGUUCGCGAUUCAGACGACGACAUUAUCGAGAUCGAGGAUGUCGACCUGGAACCGGAACUAUACAUCAACAAAAAUCUAGAAACCGAGGGUUCGGAAACGAUACCACUGUCGGAGGACAUCAUAAAUCCGGGCGGCCGGAUAAAGCUCGGACCGCAGGACUUUGAGCUGAAGAAAGUAUUAGGCAAGGGUGGAUACGGCAAAGUCUUCCAAGUCAGAAAAACCACUGGUGCUGAUGCAAAUUCAUACUUCGCAAUGAAGGUUUUAAAGAAAGCUUCGAUAGUUAGAAAUCAAAAAGACACCGCCCACACACGCGCGGAGCGGAAUAUAUUAGAAGCGGUUAGGCAUCCAUUUAUAGUAGAACUAGUAUACGCCUUCCAGACCGGCGGCAAGCUGUAUUUAAUCCUAGAAUAUUUGAGUGGCGGCGAGCUGUUCAUGCAUUUAGAGCGUGAGGGAAUAUUCCUGGAGGACACGGCGUGCUUUUACCUAUGUGAAAUUAUUCUCGCCCUGGAGCAUCUGCACAAUCUGGGCAUCAUCUAUCGCGAUCUGAAGCCGGAGAAUGUGCUGCUCGAUGCGCAGGGUCACGUGAAGCUGACCGAUUUCGGGCUCUGCAAGGAACACAUCCAGGAGGGCAUCGUGACGCACACGUUCUGCGGUACGAUCGAGUACAUGGCUCCGGAAAUUCUGAUGCGUAGUGGACACGGUAAGGCCGUGGAUUGGUGGUCCCUCGGUGCCCUCAUGUACGACAUGCUGACGGGAAUGCCACCGUUCUGUGCGGACAAUCGAAAGAAAACGGUCGAUGCCAUCCUGAAGGAUAAGCUCAACAUCCCCGGCUACCUGACGCCGGACUCGCGCGAUCUAAUCCGACGGCUGAUGAAGCGGCAGGUCUCGCAGCGUCUCGGCAGCGGACCGACCGAUGGGCAGGCCGUCCGGGCGCAUCCAUUCUUCAAGAACGUCAACUGGGAGGAUGUGGUGGCGAGACGAUUGGAACCACCGAUCAAACCAGUGCUGGCCAGCGAGGACGAUGUGUCACAGUUUGACACCAAAUUCACCAAGGAGAUUCCGGUCGAUUCGCCCGACGAGACAACGCUGAGUGAGAGUGCCAACCUAAUCUUCCAGGGUUUCACAUACGUCGCUCCGUCGGUGCUAGAAGAGAUGCAGACACGCGUGACGACGCCACGAUCACCUCGCCGGAUGCCACGCCACCAUCACCACCACGGUCACCAUCUGCAUCACCACAACCACCAUCUUGGCGGCAGUUCUACCUCGUCCGGCCCAAACAGCCUCAGCAGUGGUGGCCGCAUGAUGCCCGGCGGUGCGGCAGGCGGGUCGGGAAUGGAAAAUGGCAACAUACCGCCCCACCAUCUGCUGCACCAUCCGCACAAUCACCACCCCCAUCAGCAGCACCAUCCACAGAAUCCACUUUCACACCAUCAUCCGGGCCAAGGGGUCCAACCUCAUCCAGCGCAACCGCAAACCAGUGCCACCCCGGCCGGGAUGCGGGCGUUUGGUGCCGCGUCGCAUCAUCCGGGCCAAGGGGUCCAACCUCAUCCAGCGCAACCGCAAACCAGUGCCAACCCGGCCGGGAUGCGGGCGUUUGGUGCCGCUUCCAUUGCGCGGCGAACGCCACCGCAUUUGCAACCGUUCGCACCGAGACCGUCGCCCCAGGACGAAAUGAUGGACGUAUAUCCGGAAAUGUCCAUUUCUUAGCCAAUGUUGGUGGACUAUAGCAGUUUUAGAAAAUUUGUCACCUAAGCAGCGCAUGUUUGUCGCAUGCUCUACCCAGCGGUGCAUGGAACCAGGAAAAUGAAAACCUUCAAACUAAUUAAACCGUAGUCUAGCGUAAACAAAACAAUAUAUAAGCAAGGCAAGGCAGAGAUCGAACUAUGAGAACGAGUGGAGGUAUCAAGAAAAAAAAUAGAAUAACGAAUUACACCCCCCCAUCACCGUCGCCGGCUUUACGCCCAAAUUGCUUUCCCGCCGUCACCGACAUCGUCCCCUCGGUGCCCCCAAUGAUCAGGCCAUCGCAAUCGUAACAACAUCGUUUGAGAAUCAGGAACAAGGAUCGUGUUAUUGAAUUGUGUUUUUUUUCUACAUCAGCUUCUUCACUAUUUUAUACAUUUUACAAAUUACUGGCAAGAAACCGUAGGUUGUUUUAUAACAAUUUCUUUUCAUGUAAACUGUUCGGCCUGUGCAAAAAUGUAUAGAUUUUAGUUGUAUAAUAGCGUACCUAAUUGAAAGGAAUGGAAUAAUUGUGAGCUAAAAAACAUUUUUGGAAGAAAAGAAACUGCGCACAGAGGUAACGAUGGAAUAGGAACCGUUUUCCGUUUGCGUUCUUGUUUGGGAAGACUUUUUUUAUCGAUUAGAUUUUUUGUUUUUCUAUACGAAUACGUUUGGGAUGGAUAUACAUAUUUUCGAUGUUUUGAUGUGAAACUUUUAUUAUUAGUCUUUUUUAUAUUUUGUAAAUUUGCCCACCAUUUCGACAGCACGGGGUUCAGGGAUACUGCUCAUCAUGUUUAUUGUAAAUGUGCGCGAUUUCAUAACGCUAGACGCCGCUAGCAAUAAAAAACAUUGAAAAAUUUGCACACUUUUGAAAACAUUCAAACACCACAGUUAUGUGUCUUUAGCUAUUGAUUAAAUUGCUUCAGGGAAUGGCUCAAGUAGGGGAUAAACAUGAAAACUAUUAGAAACUUAAUGGUUUAUUCUAUCCUGAAUUUGAGGUAACAAGUAAAACAAUCAGGUAUUACAUUCUUUCGCUGGUAAAAUAUAAAAAAAAUGGACAUGUUUAUCAGCUCCUGCUGAUUGUAGCUGGGGAAUAACUUUUUUCUCAAUAAAUAGUCCACCCGUUGGCAAAAUCUGCCACCGGAAAUAAAUUGGAUAGCAAAGAAGAGAAAUGUUCCUCCAAGCGCGGGCAGUAAAAUAAAUGGACCGAAACAGUGUUCAUUGAUUGCCACUAAAGUUAGGCUCGGAGAAUCCUCGCUAGAUAAAAGAAGUAUAAAUAUAUAUGUGCACGAGGUGCGUACUAUCCCUCCAAGCAAGAAAUCACAAAUAACACAAAAUCAAUCUUAUGGAGAGCUAAAGAAAAUGCCAACUUUAAAAUCAACAAGUGAAGACGAGUUACUCUAAAAUGAACACUAACUUACACAAUAAGACAAAAAAACUAUACUGUGAAAUCAUGUUUAUAUUUUUUUGUAAAACUAUUAGAAUAUAAAUGUGUAUACUUCAUUACCAGCUCACGACCGUUACUUUAUAUGUUUUGGGAGAAAUUUCGUUCUUCCCAAUUGUCCCUUAAGCUCCACGUUGCGUUAUUUUGAAUGGGAAGGUAAAUACGCGCAUCAAGAAUGUGCGAAGUUAUUUCCAAUCAUCAUGCAGUUUAAUUUAGAUUUCCAUGCCAUGCUAGACAAUUGCUUCACUUAGGAGACAGAAAGUCUUGUCGUGGAACUUACACUUGCCUGAGUGGUAGAUUACCCCGUGUAUAGAGAUUUUACCUGCAAAAACUGAGCGACUUCACUGCAAAGGCAACAGGAAAACGCGUAAGCAAGCAAACAAACACACAACAAGCAAACCAAAAAACCAAACUGUUAACGAAAACUACCAUUUGCAAUAGUCUGAAAAAUAGUGAAAGAUACAAUGUGACUAACGGAACACUUGUGGAAAGAGGGGCGCAACGGAUAUCCCUAGGCGCUAGCGAGCAUAUAAAAUAAAUCGAAGCAUUAAAAAGAUAAUAGCGAAUUGGGUCUUGCGUGGACCGAAUGUUAUAAAGAUAUAAAAAGGUAAAAUAAAAAACUAAAUACAGUGUAGUGUAAAGACGAAACCAAAAUGACUGAUUUUUAUCGGAAAAAGAA